CUGAGGCAGCCCGCCGUUCUCACUACUCUCAAACAGGAGCUCGAGUCCACCUUUCCCGACGGCGUGCUUAAUUUGAAGAGCCUGGAAACUUGUGCCUUUUUGAACCUCUGCAUCAAGGAGAGUACGCGCUUCAUACCAGCAGGGCCUGGUCCAUUUCCAAGGGUCGUGCCAGAAGCUGGCAUGCAAUUGAGCGAUGGUCGCUGGCUGCCACCAGGUACGCUCGUCUUCGUCGCAGCAGGCGUAUCCAACAUGGACCCAAAAAUUUACGACAAGCCAGAAAUUUACAAUCCCCUGCGUUGGAAGAAUGCGACACGAGAGAUGGAAGCCAGCUUGCUCACUUUUUCGAGCGGUCCGAGACAGUGCCUUGGUGUG